GAAGUCUGUACCGAUAUAUUUUCUUAUUAAAUAUAGCUAAGGCUUGUAAGGAUGAAUUUUUUUAAUUCAUUCUCAGAUGCGACAAUUAUUAAAAGAAUUUAUCGAGUCAAAUUUCUUAUCUGAUUGCCCCCAAGAAGCUUUCUUUUCGCCUGAUUGAUCUCGUUUGUUGAGCACUGUUGCUGGCGCAGAGGGAAAUGACUCUGUGUUGAACAAAGACACAGAAUUUUUACAUUUUUCAAGGAGCCCCACUUCUCUUUUUACGAAGGCAACGAAUUCCAAACUGUGCGCUGGGGUCUCAAGUUGACCACAACUUGAAAAUGAUUUCGGGAAAAAAGGAGAUCUCAGUGGGUUAUCACGGAAUGAUAAGGACUUUUAGCGAAUUAUUUCUGAAAACUACUAAGACUUAUUAAUUUUUUUUUCUCUAUCCUAUUUCCACCCACAACAGGAGGGUGAAGUGUUUUCCAAGUGAGCACAAUCGUUUAUGUAGACGUCUUCAAAAGAUACUACUGGAGACUAUAAUUUUAUCUUUCAAAGAGAAAAUACGAAUAUAUACAUAUAUAUAUGGAUUUAAGCCUAUGUGGAUAGCUAUUGGGGCUCAUAUCCGACUUACCUCCUCUUUAUUUUUUUACUUUCCCCACAGUCUGCUUUGCAUCUUGGGCUCAACCCUGCAUUACACUCAGGUUAUCUUAAAAGGCAAGGGGUAUUGACACAGGCCGGCCUCUUCUCGUGCUCAGGCGACUAUUACAGGUAUGAUGGCCUCCGCCUUCAGGCGGAGCACCCCCCUCUUCACCUCACCAUUUCUCAAGCAACAGCGGGAAUCGAUCAUGGCCGCUCCUCUGUCUCCCGAGGAGGCGGCACUUUUUGACUGCCCCAUCCAGCGGUGGCUCGGGGCAACCCGCGAGGAGUUCCGCGCGUAUUCCCCGUCCAUCCCCUCCCCGACCCACCUUUCCGGGCUGGGGCCGGUCGACCCCUCCCACCCCGUCCUCGCCCGUGUGGCCCUGCACCGCGGCCCCGUCACGGCGCUCGCCCUGGACGCCGUCGUGAACGCGGCGAAUGAGACCCUUCUGGGCGGCGGGGGGGUCGACGGGGCCAUCCACGCCGCUGCGGGGCCGCUACUUCUGCGGGAAUGCGCGGCUCUAAAUGGGUGCCCAACCGGGCAAUGCGUCUUAACAAAAGGCUACAACCUUCCAGCCCGCUGUGUGCUCCACACCGUCGGGCCGAUCGGCGAGAAUCCCGAGCUCCUUCAGAGUUGCUAUGAAAAUAUCUUUUCCCUGGCAUUGCGUAAUGGGAUACGCAGCGUGGGGUUAUGUGGGGUCAGCACCGGGGUCUAUGGCUAUCCCCUGAGGCCGGCUACUCGGAUUGCAUUAGGUGAAGUAAUCAAGGUUUUGAAGGAACACUCAGAAGCCUUUGAUUUGAUCUGCUUUGCGUGUUUUCACGAAGAGUCGGCUCGGGUGUUGUUGGAGGAGAUUGGACGUCUGAAGGACACACCUGCGGCCCUCUGA